ACAAAAAACCGGAUAAACCCUUCUCUCCUUUGUUUUAUCCCAAGAGUCACCCUUAUUUUAUUCAGAAUAUUCCCCCUUAAAAUUCUUACUAACUUGUAUUCCAACCCCACUUCUUCCCCCUUUAUAUUUCCCUCUCUUCCAAAUUGGAGCAACCCAAAUCAAAUCCAUUUUUGUACGACUACUCUCAUUUAAAAAAAAAAAAACCCAAAAAAAUGGCUGUUAAUGUGAGAAGAUGCAAUAACCGAGUCACUGAACCUUUCAAUGAGAAAGUUCGUGCUAGAAUUUUCAGUUCCAUUUCUAGCACUACUAGUACCACUAGCGGUAGCGAGCACGACGCUGAAACCGACGUCGUUUCUUCGUCUUAUUCAUCUCCAUCUAUGGCUUCUUCUUCUUGCAAUUCUCCUUGUCUUUCUCACCUUGUUCAGAACUUUCUAGAAAACAACUCCCCUUCUAAUAACACUAAUUUAACCAAUAAUACUAAUUUUGAACCCAUUGAAACUCAUGACUCGUCCGAUUCUGACUCGGAGGAUUUCCUCCGGUCUGAUCCUACCGCCAUGAUUCACGAUGUUAUCAAACCGAUUAUUUGGAACAAUGCUGAUCUUUUUCGCAACCAGCUUCUUUCAAAUGUGACAAAGGCGAUUGCGAUAUUUUCCAUUUUCAAGAGUAAAAAUAAGUCCAUGUUUAAUCGGAAUUUAAUGGCGUAUCUUCGUCAAAUCGGGUACAACGCUGGAAUUUGUAAAACAAAAUGGGACGCCUCAGCUGGAGGAACCCUAACAGCCGGAAAUUAUGAAUUUAUUGAUGUUCUCAGGCCGAAUACGUCGGAAAGGUAUGUAAUCGAAGCGGAUUUCUCCGAUGAGUUUGAGAUCGCGAGAGAAACGGAGAAUUAUAGAAUUUUGAGAGAUUCAUUACCAAAAAUUUUUGUUGGAAAAGUUGAGGAUCUGAAGAAAAUCUUACGGUUAUUUGGCGAUGAAGCUCGGAGAUCGAUGAAGAUUAACAGCUUAACUUUACCGCCAUGGAGAAGAAAUCGUUAUAUGCAGAUGAAAUGGCUUGGUCCAUACCGACGAACUACAAAUUAUCUACCGGCAAAUUCCGUCGUUUCUUCGCCGGAAGUUUCAAAGUUCGCUGUCAAAUGUCGGUUUGUUGGAUUUGUUGUUGCCGCUGAUAAUGGCCGGUUUUUGGUACCUCCGGCGACUAGAACUAGAUAAUUUAGAUCAAUUAAUUUGAGUUUAUUUUUAUGGAUUCAUUAUGGUGUAAUUAUAAAAAGAAAUUAAAUAUAGUAAGAUGUCGGAAAUUUCAAGGGA